AUGUCGAUGGAUUCUGCUGUUUCCAUUGGGUGGGAUGUCUUGAAGUGGGUAGUUGUUCCUGUCAAGCGCCAAUUCGGAUACGUGAUCUCCUCCAAGAGCUACGCCCAGGAUCUUCAGAAGGAAGUCGGGAAGCUGGCGUACGAGGCUGAGAGGAUCCACAAUGCCGUCGAAGUGGCCAGAAACAAUAUUCGGAUGGUCUACAGUCUAGUCACCGAUUGGCACGAGACUGCAGAGAAGGCCUUGAAGGAGGCGGGAGAGCUGUUGGGAGAGUUCGAAAAAGCGAGUAAGAGUUGCUGCUACGGGACUCUUCCCGACCCCAAUUGUCGCUAUCAGUUCAGCAGAAAGGCCAAGGAUAAGAUCGAGCUCCUUCAGCGACUCGCUCGAGAAUGCAGUGAAUUCAGGGACAUCUCCUUCAUUGAUCCUGCUCCGGGGAAUGUCACUGCGGCCUCCGCUCCUUCUGCCAAGGACGAUGGCGUCUUCGAAUCCAGAGCUUCGAUCAAACGUCAAAUCAUAGCCGCUCUUGCUGAUAACCGCAACAGCGUGGUUGGGGUUCAUGGGAUGGGCGGGACCGGCAAGUCCACCCUUUUGGAAGAGGUUGAAAGAAGAAUAAGGGAAGAGAGGUCGUUCGAUCUGGUCGCUAAGGCCGACGUGUCGGAAAAUCCAGACAUCAAGAGGAUUCAAGAAGAGAUCGCGUACGGGUUGGGCCUUAGUGACAUAAAGCAGGAAGAGAAUGUCAGCUUGCGAGCGAAGCUUCUGCGCGAGAGGCUAGAAGAUGAGGAGAGGACGAAACAAGAAAAUGAUGAGGGGAAGAAGAAGAAGAAGACGGUGCUCAUAAUACUGGACAACCUGUGGAAAGGGCUUGACUUGAAGUCAGUAGGCAUUCCUUGCGGACACGACAACAAAGUCAUAGGAUGCAAGUUGCUGUUGACGUCAAGAUUUCAAGAUGUUUUGCGAAGGGAAAUGGGCUGCGACAGGGACUUCCGCCUCGAUGCGCUGAAGGAGGAAGAGGCAAAAAGAUUGUUUGAGAGGACGGUGGGCGACAAAGUUCAUCACGAUCCGUUCAAAUCCCUGGUGGAUGAAGCACUCAACAAAUGUGCAGGUUUGCCUUUCCUAAUUAUUGCAAUGGCGAAUGUUUUUAGAGAUGCCGAUUUUCGCGAAUGGAAGGAUGUUUUGAGACAAAUUGAGAUGUCUACCAACAAAGGAAUCGAUGAAAAAAUAAACGAGAUGCUGCAGUUGAGCUAUAAUCGUUUCAAAGGGGAAUAUGGCAAGGAGGUGAAGUCAUUGUUACGGCUAUGUGUCGUUUACGGUGUCUCUAAGCCCUCUCUUGAAAACUUGGUGAGGUAUGGCGUGGGUUCGAGGUUAUUUCGAGAAGAUAGCAGCAUGGAAGAAGUGAGAGACAGGUUGAGCUCACUGAUCCGAACCCUGAAAGCCUCAUCCUUUUUGUUAGAAGACAAUGAAGAUGUUGAUGGUUUCAAGAUACACGACUUGGUUCGUGGAUUCAUUGCCUCGGUAGCUUCAAGAGAUGACCCUCUUCUGGUGUUGAAAAAUCAUGAUAAGUCGGUGAUAGAAUUGCCGAAGGACAAGCUCAAAAGUUGCACAUCGGUAUGCUUUCCCUACGUUGACAUGGAGGAGCUUCCUGAAGACUUAGAUUGCCCUGAAAUGCGGAUCUUUUUGUUGUUCACAAACAAUGAAUCUCUUAAGGUCCCAGGCUCAUGUUUCAACUCUAUGAGAAAACUCAUGGUCUUACAUCUUUCUCAAGUGCGGCUCACUCGUUCACCUUCGCCAUUCCAGUUCUUGGAGAACUUACACACUCUGUGCCUAAAUGAUUGUUCGUUAGAGGAUGUAGCCAUGAUCAGCGAACUAAAACGGCUAUGUGUUCUCAGCUUUGCAAACUCCAAAAUUCAACGAUUGCCAAAAGAAAUUGGACAAUUGGUGGAGCUGCGGUUGUUAGACUUAAAUCAUUGCUCAAAACUUGAGAUAAUUGAACCGGGCGUGCUUGGGAGCUUGAUGAAAUUGGAGGAGUUGUAUAUGGAGAAUAGUUUUGAUCGUUGGAAUGCCGUGGAGCAAACUCCACCCACUAAUGCCGGUCUUAUUGAGUUGAAUAACUUGAAGAAUCUCUGCACUUUGCAUGUGUCCAUUCUCGAUCCGAGUGUGCUCCCAGAGGAUCUAAACGUCGAGAAACUAACCAAGUACCAAAUCCGGAUAGGUAAUGUGCCACGCUGGCGAAGUCGCAAUGUGUCCAGCACAUUGGAGCUGUCGAGCACGUUGGAGCUUCGAUUGGAUCCAAUGAGCGAUAUUCUUCGGAAAGGAUGCAUACAGACUUUAUUAGGCAAAACUGACGGUCUCAUUUUAGACGGAUUAAAUGGAAUUGAGCAAAGUAUUUGCGCGUUAUCGCAGAAAGGCUUUCCGAAAUUAAAGCACCUACAGGUCGAGAAUAGUCCCUCCGUCCAUCACGUCCUCCAAUUACCAUCACAUACAGAGUUUAAGAUGUUGGAGUCAUUACUUUUCGAUAACCUCAUCAACUUGGAAAAGAUAUGCAACAACCACAUCUCCUCCAAUUCCUUCAGUGCAUUAAAGGUAGUACGAGUUGAAAACUGUGACAAGAUGGAAGUUUUGUUUCCUCUUUCAUUAUUGAGAGAACUUCCACACCUUGAAGAGAUCCAAGUGGUCAGCUGUCACUUAAUGCGGGAGAUUGUAGAAGUGGAUGAUUGCGGCAAACUUGAGUUGCGGAAUUUGCAUGUCUUGAACUUGCAUGAUCUGCCGAAUAUGAAGAACUUUUGCACCGUCGGGAUGGCUCCUUCAAGUUGUGCAUCAAACGACCAUGUUGGCACUCAAGUUGCAUUCUUCAACGGGCAACAGGUUGCGUUUCCUAACUUGGAGACAUUAUGCAUCUGGAGUAUGGAUAGCAUUGAGACAAUAUGGGACAAUCAAGUUGCUGCGGAGUCUUUCCGCAAACUAAAGUCACUCAGUGUUUAUGGAUGCAACAAGCUAGUGAACAUUGUUCCUUCUUACAUUCUUGGACGGCUCAAGAGCUUGGAAAGUUUGGAGGUAGGAUCAUGUGAUUCGCUUGAAGUUGUUUUCAAACUGCAGCCAUUGAGUCCUCUAGAUGGAUAUCCCAUUGCUCGUUUCCCGUUAAAAAAGUUGGAGUUAUGGGGAUUAUCAAAGCUAAAGCAUGUAUGGGAUAAGGAACUUCACAGUCAAGUCAAAUUCCAGUGUCUCCGUUAUGUUACCGUUUCCGGAUGCGAGAGCCUCACCUCUCUAUUUCCAGCCUCAGUAGCUGGGGAUCUAAUGCAACUUGAGGAGUUGAAGAUCGAUGAAUGUGGUGGCAUUGUGGAACUCAUCGAGAACGACGGACUAGAUCCCAGGGAUGCGUUCCCUAAGUUAGCCUCUCUCAAGCUUAAGCGUCUACCAGAGUUGAAGUGCAUCUACACAGGAACACAUGCUUUACGUUGGCCGGCAUUGAAGAUCUUGAAGGUGGAUGGCUGUAGCAAAGUGGAGAUACUUGCUUCGCAACUUGAGAAUGAGAUGCCACCUCAUAAACAACCUCUCUUCUUGAUAGAAAAGGGCGCAUUCUCAAAUCUGCAAGAGUUAAAAUUGGAUUUAUGUGGACGGAUGGAGUUAUGGCAUGGGCAUUCUCAUGAUGGAGAAUUCUUCUACAAGGUUAGAGUUCUCGAGCUUCAUCAUUUCUCGAAGGAAUCUACAAUAUCCACAUGUCGUCUUGUUCGGAGUUUAACCAGCUUGCAAGAGCUGGUUGUACGCAAUUCUGAUAUAGAAGAGCUGAGCAACAUUGUGGAAGCCAAAGAAGGCCCCAGGCACGAGCUAAAAGUAAUACCACCAUUUUCCAGAUUUUUUCAACAUCUCAAGACUCUAGAUGUGUCAUUUUGUGAUGGGUUAUCGAAGAUGUUCACACCAACAAUAGCUGGAAAUUUGGUGGAACUCACGAAAUUGAGGAUAAGUAAAUGCAAAAUGUUGACUGAAGUCAUUUGUGACGAUGGAGGUGAGGAGGGGCUUGUGGUGGUUUUCAAUCAAUUGAAGUAUAUGGAGCUCGAUGGGCUGACGGGCUUGAGAUGUUUCAGCUCAAGUAAAUGCACUUUGAUGUUCCCACUCUUGGAAGAUGUCAUUGUGAGUGGAUGUCCAAGCAUGAAGUUCUUCUCUGAGGGACCAAUAAAGGCGCCAAAGUUGGAGAGAGUACAAGUCUCAACAGAAGCGUGGUUUUGGGAGGAAAACCUCAACAUCACCAUCCAAAAUAUGUUUAAAGAAAUGGCUACGGUUGCCGGAGUAAAGUCGAUGCAGCUAUCUGAGUUCCCCGAGCUAAUUGAAAAAUGA